AUGGACAACUUUACAACUCUUCUUCCCACGCUUGCUGAUUCACUGUGGUUGGCACCAGCUCUUUGCAAUUCUAGUCUAGCAGUCGACUCCUUCCUUUUUGUUUCUGGUGCUGUAGUUGCGUUCAAUUAUCGGAAGAGAAUCUUGUUCAGAGGAGAAGAAAAGGAAGAUACCAUCUCACACAUCGUCUACCGCCAGUUCAUGUUCUAUUUCCAUCGAGUGUGUCGGCUGUGGCCAGCUGUUCUCGUCACAUCAAUGUUCAUGUUGUUCAUGUUCAACCACCUAGGCGAUGGACCAUUGUGGUCAAGUAAAGGUACGCUUUAUUUUGUUGAAGAACGAAGGUUUGAUUUUAUGCACUACACUGGACAUUCGACUUUUCGCGAAAGCUCAGAUAACAGUCCCUAUUGUCUGCACACCAACAGCUAA